CUCUCCAUGGCGCGCACACGGCUCGGUGGUGGAGGAAAAGAUCCCAAGAUCCACAGAUAAAGGCUCCCUGGUUUCCAAGGUGAUAGCCUUAGACACAGACUCUGUGCACAACUCUCGGAUUACCUACCAGUUUCUCCAGGUGACUGAUGCUACCUUGUUCAGUCUGGACCAAUAUAACGGAGAGAUCCGGACUAUGAGGAUGUUCAGUUACAAAGAUUCCCGCCAUCACAGACUGGUUGUUGUUGCCAAGGACAACGGUGAACCUGCUCUCUCUGCUACAGUCACCAUCAAACUGUCCACAGUGGAGACCGCCAUGAAGGCCUACUCUGACAUGACUGAGGUGCCUCUGGAAUAUGACAUCUUUUCAGACCUCAACCUGUAUUUGGUCAUCGGUCUGGGCUCUGUGUCAUUUCUCUUAUUGAUCACCAUAUUGGUCACCAUUGUGAUCAAGUGUCAAAAUCCCAAGCCCAGUAAAACGGCUCCACCCUGCAGGAACAGUGUGAUUAGCGAGAGAAACUCCACCAUCGCAGACUCCACUCUGGUCUCCAACGAUGCCUACUGGUACAGUCUGUUCCUAGCAGAGACCAGGAAAGGAAAGUUGGUGGUUAGACAGCCUGUGCCAAAGGGCUCCAGAUACAUCGUGUCCAGUUUACCAAGAGGGACAGGACUGACUGAAACCAGUGACUCAGCAGCUUCUACUUUGCAGCUGUUCCACUAACAUAUUUCUCGUUGACGUCAUCGUUAUCGCGAUGCCUUCGUUGCGAGGCGGAGACUGGUGAUAUUCACGUUAUUCCUGAAGAAGCAACGUCUUAUUUCACAAUCUUCAUUUCGUUUGUUCGUUAAACACAACGACCUUCAUCCUUGUUUCAGUGCGCGCAAGACCAUAACAUAUAUAAUCCGCACGUGAUGCAGCCCGUCAGACUAAGCAGGAUGGGGUAUGUUUACUUAUUUGUCAUUCUCUCUGCCACUGUGUUCUCCGUAUCUACUGUCACCCAUUAUUCUGUUCCCGAAGAAAUGGAGGAGGGAUCUGUUGUUGCAAAUUUGGCAGCAGACUUGGGACUAGACGUGAGGACUCUGAAGACAAGGAGAAUGCGCGUGGACGUUGUAGCCAAUAAAAAAUAUCUGGACAUCAACAAAGACACAGGAGAGUUGUUUAUUUUGGAAAGGUUAGACAGGGAGUUCCUCUGUCCAUCGAAAACUACGUCGUGUUUUCUUAAAUUAGACGCUACAAUUGAAAAUCCUGUACGCAUGUUUAACAUUGAGGUGGAAAUCGUGGAUAUCAAUGAUAAUGCUCCGCAUUUUCGAAGAGGAACAAUGCAUCUGGACAUCUCUGAAUCGAGCCCCGUUGGAGAAAGAUUUUCCCUGAAUAAUGCUGUGGAUCCAGAUGUUGGAACAAACUCCGUGAAAAAUUACCAUCUGAGCGCAAGUGAUCAUUUCUCUAUUGAAAUUCAGACCGGGAGAGAUGGGACAAAGUUUGCUGACUUGGUUCUGAAAAAAGCUUUAGACAGAGAGCAGCAGGCUGUUCAUAAUCUGAUUCUCACUGCUGUGGACGGUGGAGUCCCCACGCGCACCGGUACAGCAAGCAUCAUUGUUCGCGUGCUUGAUGUUAAUGACAACGCCCCUUCAUUUGACAAAGACAAGUACGUUGUAGAUGUGAUGGAAAACUCUCCGAUUGGCAGUCUAGUUGUCAAAAUGAAUGCUACAGACUUGGAUGAAGGUUCAAAUUCGGACAUUGUUUAUUCAUAUAGUUUAUACACAUCAGAGAGAACACAGAAGAUGUUUAACUUGAAUCCUGAAAAUGGUGAGAUAAGAGUAAAAGAAAUGAUAAAUUAUGAAGAUUUAAAAUUCUAUGAGAUGGAGAUUAUUGCUAGUGAUAAGGGGCUGAACUCCUUAUCUGGACAAUGUAAACUGACAAUACAGGUGACUGAUAUGAAUGAUAAUCAUCCUGAAAUUUCAAUUAAAUCAUUUCAAAGUCCAGUAAAAGAAAGUGUGGUCACAGACACAGUGAUAGCUGUAGUUAGUGUCAGUGAUAAAGACUCAGGUGAUAAUGGAGUGGUAGAUCUUCAUAUUCCAGAUAACAUGCCUUUCAAAUUGAGGGAGUCAUCUGAUAACUAUUAUGAAUUAGUGGUAUCAGAGCCAUUAGACCGUGAGAAGGUCCCAGAAUAUGACAUCACUUUCACUGUCACAGACAGAGGUUCUCCUCCUUUAUCUGACAAUGAAACUAUGACUUUAGAGCUGCUGGAUGUUAAUGACAAUGUUCCACAGUUCCCUCAGUCAUUUUAUACAAUACGUGUGAUGGAGAACAACGUACCUGGGGCCUUGCUCAGCUCACUGACUGCGUUUGACCCUGACCUCCAUGAAAACCAGUACCUAGUUUACUUCAUCAUAGAGAAGGAGAUCGCCAACACCUCCAUGUCCAUGCUGUUCUCCAUCAAUCCGGAGAAUGGUAAACUUUACGCACUGAAAACUUUUGACUAUGAGAUCGAGAAGGAGUUUCUUUUCCACAUCGAGGCCAGAGACUCUGGUUCUCCUCCACUCAGCAGUAACGUGACUGUACACAUCAUUAUUGUGGACCAGAACGACAAUGCUCCAGUUAUUGUCUCUCCAUGGCGCGCACACGGCUCGGUGGUGGAGGAAAAGAUCCCAAGAUCCACAGAUAAAGGUUCCCUGGUUUCCAAGGUGAUAGCCUUAGACACAGACUCUGUGCACAACUCUCGGAUUACCUACCAGUUUCUCCAGGUGACUGAUGCUACCUUGUUCAAUCUGGACCAAUAUAACGGAGAGAUCCGGACUAUGAGGAUGUUCAGUUACAAAGAUUCCCGCCAUCACAGACUGGUUGUUGUUGCCAAGGACAACGGGGAACCUGCUCUCUCUGCUACAGUCACCAUCAAACUGUCCACAGUGGAGACCGCCAUGAAGGCCUACUCUGACAUGACUGAGGUGCCUCUGGAAUAUGACAUCUUUUCAGACCUCAACCUGUAUUUGGUCAUCGGUCUGGGCUCUGUGUCAUUUCUCCUGCUCAUCACCAUAUUGGUCACUAUCGUGAUCAAGUGUCAAAAUCCCAAGCCCAGUAAAACAGCUCCACCCUGCAGGAACAGUGUGAUUAGUGAGAGGAACUCCACCAUCGCAGACUCCACUCUGGUCUCCAACGAUGCCUACUGGUACAGUCUGUUCCUAGCAGAGACCAGGAAAGGAAAGUUGGUGGUUAGACAGCCUGUGCCAAAGGGCUCCAGAUACAUAGUGUCCAGUUUACCAAGAGGGACAGGACUGACUGAGACCAGUGACUCAGCAGCUUCUACUUUGCAGUCAUCCACCAGCAGCAGCAGCCGUUCCACAUAAGGCCCCUCGUCCAGCUGUGUUGAUGCUAACAGGAAAAGUUUUAUAGACGAAAGGAAGACCUCUCCAUCAACAUCCAGCCCCACAUAUCUAUCCUGCUCAGUCUGGUCCUUGUUCCUCAAACUACAUGUAACUGUUGUGCUACAAUGAAAAUGGUGAUAGGUUUGCAAACAUUACCCUAGCCCCUUGUUCUUGGAAGCACAUGAAAAGCAGAGCACCAACUCUUCCAGUGUUCAUUCAAUAUGCAUGAUGAGACUGCAUGACUUCAGCUAUGCUUCAAGACAGCCAUACAAAAAGAUUUUCAAGAGGACAUGCUCACAACCACUGAAUAUUCAAAUAAGUCAUAAUAAGCACUCUUAUAUGGACAAGAGAAUGUUUAAAUGUCUGAAAUGGCAUUUUCCUUCUCUACAAAACAUGAACAUACUGUAUGUUUAAUAUUACAUUUAAACCACAUGUGCUUUGUCUUGUUCCAUGACAACAUUAAUGUACAAUAGAAUCAACCUUAAAGAAGUGAACAGCACAAUUAACUAAAUGUCAGAAAAGCACCAACCAACAGUUAAAAAAAAACAAAAGAAAAAACAAAAAAAAAAAAAACAAAAGAAAAAAACAAUAAAAAAAAUAAAUAAAGGCAAUCAGUAUUUUAUAGAUGUGGUACCUUUUAGGAGUUUCAUGUUUUGUACUUUACUUUGUGUCUUACAUGUGAGCUAGGCCUAAAUAUAUGAAUGAGUGCCAAGUACAAACAUUCAAGUGGAUAAGAGCCGAGCCUUUAACCAUUAUGCCUUUCAGUUGUUUCUGGAUGGACUACAAGUACUUUUAUAGCUUUAGAUGUUUUAUGGUAUAAGAAAUCUGCAGUUAUGAAUCAUAUUUACAAUAUGGAAUAUCACAUUUUAAUCAGACUGAAACUGCAAGGCUUUGGGCUCAUUACUAUUUCCUCAUAUAAUCAAGAGCAGCAAAAUCACAGUUCUAUGGAUACACAAAGUGGACAAUGUGCUUGAAUGUUUUGUCCCCUUGGACAUAACUGGAGAAUGAACCUUGGAGUUUGAAUUGAACACAAGCAAAUGCAUUGAGUAUUUGAGAAGAGACUUAUGUCUUUAUGGGAACUGUAUGUAUAUAUUAGAAGCACCAGUAUGUACUGUUACUGUUUUAUUUCUGAAUCUGGAUUCAAUCUGGGUGUUUUAAUGUCUUCUUCAACCAUAUAAGAUGAUGAAAACUGAACCAUACUCAAACAUUUAUUGCAAACUUAACAAUACUGAAGCAACUCAACUGUGUUUGAAAUCACCCAAUGAAAGUUUUGUCCAUAUCUCUGAUUACUGUAUGUCUGCAUAUCCAGCACAUAUCCUGAGAUCGAGAUCAAAAAGUCACAUAUUUCAUUAUCUGUCUGUGUACUAAAAUGCCUUUAAUUUUCAGCUUUAGUGAUUUUGCAAUUAAAAACAUUUAUAUGAACAAAAUUAUGUGCCAUCAAAUUCAUGAUUCAGUUUGUAUGAAUAUUAACAAAGUAGUGAAACAUUGCAUUUUGCUCACAUUGCAUUUUGUUAUAAAAAGUUGUAAUGUAUUGCAGCCAAACAUAUAUGGUAAUUGUUUUUGUAUAGUAGUACAUAAUGCAACAUGUCAGUUGUGUAACGUGAGUCAAUUGUAUGCUAUGGUCUAAAAUGAACUAUUAAAUACAAAUAAUACAUACA